CAGCCCGAUUCUCAAGGUCUAGUCAGGUUAUAUAAAUAGCCAAACCCCAUACUGAAAAACCACAAGUUCCUUACAGGAUCUCUUUGUAUCUUCCGUGCAACUGACUCUUCUACCUUCCAAUCUGUAUAGCUGCUUUCUCAAGAGGAGAGAAAAUGAGCAGGCCAGGAGACUGGAAUUGCAGGUCAUGCCAAUACCUGAACUUCCAAAGAAGGGACUCAUGCCAGCGCUGUGGAGAACCAAGACCCGGUGAGAGAGGUGACUAUGGAAGCUUCGGUAGCAGGGGUGGCUCGUCAUUCGGGUUCACUGGCCCUGAUGUUAGGCCUGGUGACUGGUACUGCACUGUGGGGAACUGCGGAGCUCACAACUUUGCUAGCCGAUCAAGCUGCUUCAAGUGUGGUGCAGCCAAAGAUGAAUCGUCGGGAGGAUUUGAAGGUGACAUGCCAAGAAUGAGGGGUUAUGGCUUUGGCAGCGGCAGCUCUAGUCGCUCCAGCUGGAAAUCUGGGGACUGGAUUUGCACCAGGUCGGGAUGCAAUGAGCACAACUUUGCCAGCAGGAUGGAAUGUUUCAGAUGCAAUGCACCAAGGGACUCCGGCAACAAAUCUUCAUACUAAUAGAUUUUUCAUUUUUGGGGACUGCAGUUUCAGGAGAGUGAGACAAGACAAUCUCAGUUGUUCACUCUUUUUGCUCCUAUCUAUCUCUCUCUCUCUCUCUCUUUUUCUUUUGUUUGUUUUUUUCUUCUUCUUUUAGAUAUUACUUAUCUCUUUUCCUCUGCCAGGAUCUUUAGAUGAAUCAUGUUUGAAGACUUCGGUUGAAGUUGAGCUAAAUUAUCUAGCAAUUUGUCAGCUUUCUUAUAUCAAAGUAUAGGCAUGUACUUGUAUGGUAUCAAUCUUAUAUCAGUGUCUUUGUGCCCC